AAUGCCUUCUCAGCCAUGCCUUGUGGAACAGUUACCAGAGCAGGCCUAGUCUCCAAGUCCUCUCCUAAGAAGCCACGUGGCCGGAACAUCUUCAAGACCCUUUUCUGCUGUUUCCAUACCCAGCAUGUUGGCCAGUCAAGCUCUUCCACUGAGCUCACAUACAAGGAGGAGACAAACACCAUUGCUAAGUCAGAUCUGUUGCAAUGUCUCCAGUACCAGUUUUAUCAGAUCCCUGGGACCUGCCUGCUCCCAGAGGUGACAGAGCAAGAUCAAGGGAGGAUCUGUGUGGUCAUCGACCUGGAUGAAACCCUUGUGCAUAGUUCCUUUAAGCCAAUCAACAAUGCUGACUUCAUAGUGCCUGUAGAGAUUGAGGGGACCACUCACCAGGUGUAUGUGCUCAAGAGGCCUUACGUUGAUGAGUUCCUGAGACGGAUGGGGGAGCUCUUUGAAUGUGUUCUCUUCACUGCCAGUCUGGCCAAGUAUGCCGACCCUGUGACAGACCUCCUGGACCAGUGUGGGGUGUUCCGGGCCCGCCUGUUCCGGGAGUCUUGUGUGUUCCACCAGGGCUGCUACGUCAAGGACCUCAGCCGACUGGGCAGGGACCUGAGGAAGACCCUCAUCCUGGACAACUCUCCUGCGUCUUACAUCUUCCACCCGGAGAAUGCAGUGCCUGUGCAGUCCUGGUUUGAUGACAUGGCAGAUACAGAGUUGCUGAACCUCAUUCCAAUCUUUGAGGAGCUGAGUGGAGCAGAUGAUGUGUAUACCAGCCUUGGGCAGCUGCGGGCCCCUUAGCCUUCUUGCUUCCAAGAAACGGCCAUCCCAGUAGGGGACUUUGCUACACUGUGCCUUUCUGAUCAGCCUGACUGACCUAGCCAAGCAGGAGCUGGAGCACUUGCCCAGAGGGUCUGGAAGUAGUCGGAAAAUGAUGACAAGAUCUUUAGGGCAGGUUAGAUGCAGAGCAGGCAAAUUGGACCUAUCCAUAGCUGUCUGCACCCUGUGUGUAGUUCUAGGAGAGAGGGAGAGGAGAGAGAGGAGAAGAGGAGAGAGGAGAGGCAGAGAGAGAGAGAGAGAGAGAGAGUGUGUGUGUGUGUGUGUGUGUGUGUGUUCGUGCGUGUGUGUGUGUGAGUGUGCGUGUGUGUGUGUGUGUGUGUGUGUGUGUGUGUGUGUUCGUGUGCCCAUACAGUGAACUAUGGCCCAGGAUGUCCAGUGUCAAGUAGGGGGAGAAGCUGAAAGAUCAAGUCCUUUGUCUCCUUUCCUACUGACCUGUGAGCUUUACAGUGAUGACAACUGCUGCAGGCUCUCUUGCCAAACCAUGGCCUUUCCUCAACUUCACAAGGCCUGUGCCAAGGAGAAAGGAGAAGCCAGAGGCUGCCUUGAUGCCCCAGACACACACCCUUCUGAAAACAUAAAAUACUAGCCAGCAACUGCAGACAUCCCAGGGAAGAUGAGAGCGUGUUUGCAGAACCAGUGCUCAAAAUCACCAGGUCCUGUGUGAGCCCCCACCCCACCCCCACAUCUGGCUCCAGCAGAGUACCUGCCACCACGGGCUCUGCUGUGUCUCCCCAGGCUCCAGUACCAAGCCAGCCUUCUCACUCCCUAGCCAUAAUCUUUAACUCCCAUGGGGAAGGAGCUCUUCUCCCUACCCUGGAAGAGGACACAGAACUGAUUUCUGUUCUUUUUACUCUUUAAAAUUCUCUUUGUAAACAUGGAGCGGUGGGCCUGGUUUGUGUCCAGCUGAGCUGCAGUCCGGGGGCCUGAGACGCAUAUGGGAGGUGCUAGGGUACAGGGAAACAAAUGUCCAAAGCAGAAUGUGCAUCUCCCUGCCUGUAGAUCUGAAAGUGCUGGGUCAAAAAGGGUUGCUAGGCUGCUCCAUCCCUCCUGUCACCCAGGCAGGGCUCUUUCUAUUGUGUCUUCCUUCCCUGGUGUCCUGUCCUGGUUGUCUUGUCUGAUCUAGCCUUUAUCCCUUUCUGGCUGUUUCUCUUCCCCUCCAGGGCCUUGGAAGAACUGCUUUUCCAGGACUGAGGGGUUGCAGGUCUUGCUGUCAUUGCUUUGCCAAAUGGGUAAAUGCCUCCUGCCUCCCGUGGUAACACGGGACUGAGUGAGGUCCUAGCCUAAGUUCUCAGUCUCAAAGGCUUUAACAAACAGAGUGGCAGAAAGGACGUUUCCCCAGGUGGAGACAAAAGGGAAGUGCUGCUGUCACUUGGAGCACAAGAGGCCCCUGAGGCACCACCUCAGUGUCACUGCCUUAAUUGAGUCCUGCCCCCAGGGUUGGGUCAGAUUCUCCCUUCUCUCUCAGAGCGGGGUUGGAGUUCCUAGCCCUAUGUAUCUGCUUUCCCUGGAGGCAGGUGCCAGCAUCUGUGAAUUGUUUCAGGUGUGAUCACCACCCACUCAGGAGCCAUGCAAUAUUGUUUAGUUUCCAUGCACUAAUUCCUGCCUUGGGAAUUAACAGGUUUCAACAAAGCCUGGUGGUAGAGCUGGGUGUUCUGUCGGAUGACUGAUUAUCUGGCAUCCUUCUAGCGUUGUGCAGUCUUCCUCCUUAGUCUAAGGCUGUGGAGCCUUGUCUUUUGCAUGAUGACAGCGAGCAGGACAGACUCCCCAAGUUCAUGCCAUUUUCCAUGGCAUCAUCUGCUGGUGCCUGUGGGGUCCUGCCAAGGUGACGGGAGAGCUCUCCAGGUGCUAGCCAUAACACAUGAGCUUGGUUGUGGCUUCAGAUCCAGGUCCUGGUCUCACUGCCACCCUUGCAAGGCCUGCUCUGAGGGCUAGUCCUGACUAAGCAAUAAGAGCCUCAGAGUUGAAUACCAAGGCCCCUUUCUACCUUUGUCUGCAUCUCCAUGUUUUACCUCCUGGAGGAGGAGCCUGUGCUCAGUCCUUGCUGUUGGGCAUAUGCAAGGACUGGUUCUGAUCCACGACCAAAUCCCAGAGUGGCUUCAUGAAAGAGCCCUGCUGCUUCUACAGGAAGCCCCAGCUUUCUGGGCCUCUCUGCCACCUGUAG